AUGAAGCUCUCCGUAGGGCUUGCGACUGCCCUGGCCGGCGUCGCGACCGCGCUCUCCUCCGAUCAGCCCGCUGACGUAUAUCUGCUGCAAUCCAAACAGCCCUCGAGCUCCGAUAUCCCAUCAUUACCACGACAGAUUGCUCGCCUCAUUCUGCUGCAGCGUCUAUCCCCCGAAGGCCAUCAUGCAUCAUGGGACCUGCCCACUUCCAUCUCCAACGAGAAGGCCGUUACGUACCUGAACGAGUUCGGCAAGGCACCCCAGGGCCUGUUUGCUGAUGCCGCAUCUACAAACCCGUCCCAGCUCGUCGUCCUGCUUGAGGGCAUCACUUCCGACGACUCCAAGUCUCUCCAGAAGUCCCUUGCUGGCUCUGGACCUAGCUUUAGGGUUGGAGAUGCUCCUUCGGCUGCUGCCAACGACCUGCUGCUGGCCAACGACUUCCCGUCCGUCGGCGUCGCCACCAAGAACUGUGCCUUUGAUAAGGCCAUCAACCCGUUUGCGGAGCAGUGCUGGAGCGGCAAGUCAUCGGUUGUGAGAUACGACGUGAAGAAGGACUCGUCCAUCCUCGCGUCCCUUUCCGAGAACGCCUCUCUCUUGAAGCAACUUGCCGCCAACGGCGAGAUGGAGACCGUUGUGAUCGCCAUGCCUGAGUCGUCUCGCAGGUCUCAGGUCCGCCACUGGUCCUCCAAGCCCGAGGAGCUUCGUCGCCGCCAAGUGGAAGAGGUCAUGACCGAGACCGACGAGCACGACCAGCCCGCGUCUACCACUCCCGGCCAGAGCACCGCGCCUACCACUCCCGCUCAGAGCACCGCCCCAUUCCCCGGCCACAUCGAGAGAGGCACUAUCAAAUCCUGCUACGGUACCGAGGACGCAUGCAUCAAGGCCACUGGCAACUGCUCGGACCACGGCGCUUGCAGAAACAAGUACGCCACGCCCAACGGCGAGGACCAGGGCACGUGUUUUGCUUGCCAGUGCCUGGGAACUCUCAGCAAGAGCGGCAGCAUCACUCACUGGGGCGGCAAGGCCUGCCAGAAGGUUGACGUUAGCGUUCCCUUCUGGCUCUUUGUCGGUUUCGGUGUCGCUAUGGUCGGUAUCCUCACCUUCGCCAUUGGUCUGCUUUUCAGCGUCGGCGAGGAGAAGCUUCCCGGUGUCAUUGGUGCUGGUGUGUCCAAGACGAAAUAG